GGCUGGGAGCAGGGGAAAGGCGACCCAACAAAGAAAGACUAAGAGAAAGAGGGUUGGAGCACAGCUGGGAGCCAUCCGGCGUGUGGGGUAGGACACCAGCACUGAGCAGCAGGUUUUCCCAAACAGCUGAGUCCUCAGCUCCUGAGGAAGAUGAGUAUUUCAUCAGAGCACAAGCCCCUUGGGAAGCAGGUCACCGGCAGCCUGCAUAUGGUGAGUAAGUUGUCACCAAUUGUGGAGUUAAAUGUUGGUGGGGAGAUGUACACGACAACACUGAGCACCUUGAAGAAACACCCUGGCUCCAAGCUGGCAGAGAUGUUCACUGGCCAGCCCAAACUCAGGACUGACUCUGAAGGGAGGUUCUUCAUCGACAGGCCAGGCACCUACUUCAAAUACAUCCUGGAGUACCUGCGCAGUAACCAAGUGCCCACCCAGUGCAUCCAGGACGUCUACAAGGAGGCAUUGUUCUAUGACAUAGAACCUUUGAUCAAGCAGCUUGAGGACUCCCCACAGAUCUUUGGGGAGCUCGUGGCGAGGAGGCAGUUUCUGGCUCGUGUGCCCAACUACAGUGAGAACAUCGAGCUGAUGAUCCGCAUCGCGAGGGCGGAAGCGGUUGCAUCCCGACAGUCCAGCGUCAUUGUAUGCGUGGUCAGAACCGAGGAGGACGCAGCCAGGUGUCAGGAUGCCUUGAACAGUUUGGACAUGGAUAAAAAAUCCGUGGUGAAGUUUGGCCCCUGGAAGGCUGUGCCAAGUAUUUCUGAUCUGCUGGACUGCAUUCAAAUGGAUGUUGAAGCCAAAGGGUAUAAAAUAUCCUUUCAGCCCCAUGUUGCUGAAAAAGUUUUUCGUUUCAAAUCUCAUGACUUCUUCUACAAGUUCCUGUUCACCUGGUGGUAGCAAAGUGCCACCAUUGAUAGGGAACAUUAGAAAGCAAUCACUAGAACAAAUUAACCUGGACUGUGGAGACUAAACCACGAGCUACCAGAGGGACAGGAAGAAACGCACAGGCCAACGAAAGGAUCUCCUUUGGCUGUUUGCCAUAUCAAAGAGCACUUAAGAGCCACUUUACUUGGGCUUUAGGGGAUAACUUUUUAGAGGAUUUAAAAGGCUCCAGAAAAAGGACAAAUUUUACUCUUCAGUGUUGGUUACUAUUCAUUCAGUUCAAAGAGAUGGAUCUGUGAAUUAAGCCAACCUCACUCAGCCUAAGGGAAAUUAAUAAUCCCAAAUAUGUCUCAUGGACAUGUAGAGUUGUUCUCUCAGUGCAAAUGGGAACAGGCCAUAUAUGUGGAAAUCCUGACUGAAACAGUGAUAUUACCACAUACUUGAAUUAAAUUUGGUUUCUAAAUGGGAAGGCAAAAGCUAUUCUUCUCCCUCCUUUCUACACUAGAAUCUGGGUUAAAAGGAAGGAUUCAGUGUCCUAUGAUUGCUUCUUAUUCCUCCAGCAGGCAGCCUACUCUCUACUCAAUGUAUUUAUUACCAUUAUUUAUUAUUUGUUCUGAAGGAAAGACAGAGAACCUCAGCUAUGGUCCAGGAUCAACAAAAGGCAAAAACAUCACUGAUGUGAGGAGUUUAUAAUCUAAGGACACACACUCCUCUUUCAGACCACACAAUCUU